AUGAAACAAGAAAACAAGAGGAAGAACAAGGACAAAGCAAGACGGGACAUGAACAAGACAAAGCAAACGGACAUGACAACAAGACAAGGGGACAUGAAAAACAAAGGACAUGAACAAGACAAAACAAGACGACAUGACAAGGACAAGCAAGACGACAUGAACAAGGACAAAACAAACGGACAUGAACAAACGGACAUGAACAAGGACAAAGCAAGACGGGACAUGAACAAGGACAAAACAAGACAUGAACACAGGAACAAAACAAGACGGGACCAUGAACAAACAAGGACAAACCAAGACAAAGCAAGACGGACAUGA